AUGCCUCCCCCAAAGGUCGACACGGAGGCCCCUCCAGUCCCCGAACCCACUCCCUCCUCCCAAACCUCCGGCAGCGACAACGGCGGGCCCCACGGACCCGCCGACAUCAAGAACUCAGCGGGCACUCCCACCGGAGCAGGCCGCGCCUCAACCGCCGCCCUCCUCCGCAACCCCCUCGUCGGCCUAACACACGAUGAGAUCCUCAAAGACGCAGACACCUUCACCGAGACAAAGGGCCUACAGGAACACCGCGAGGUAUUUCGAAAGGGCGCCCUCGUCGCGCAGGUGAUUAACCGCCCCGACGGCUUCGAGUCCGUCGCCGCCCUCGACGAGGAGGAGAAGGCUGUUCUAAGGAAGGAGGUCACGCAUCGUUGGCAUCAGCCUAUGGCGCUCUACUUUCUGUGUGCGCUUUGUGCGGGGUCGGCUAUUGUUCAGGGUAUGGAUCAGACAGCCGUCAACGGCGCCCAGGAAUUCUACUACGAGACCUUUGGUCUCCAGGACGACCCGAUAAUGCAAGGACUAGUCAACGGCGCGCCGUACCUCUGCUCCGCCCUCGUCGGGUGCUGGAGCUCCCCCGUCUUGAACAAGUACACCGGCCGCCGCGGCACAAUCUUCAUCUCGUGCUUCGUGUCCGUCGUCACCGGCUUCUGGAUGGCUGCCGCAGACAGCUGGUACAACCUCCUCAUCGCACGCUUCUUCCUCGGCUUCGCAGUCGGCGCGAAGAGCAGCACGACGCCGGUGUACUCUGCUGAGAGCACGCCCAAGACUAUCCGCGGUGCUUUGACGAUGAUGUGGCAGAUGUGGACAGCCUUUGGUAUCGCGCUGGGCUUCAUCGUGUCCGUCGCCUUCGCCAACACAGAUUUCCUCGGACCAAACACCCAAUGGCGUUGGAUGCUGGCCAGUACCUCCGUGCCGCCUCUCGUAGUUAUGGUACAGGUGUACUUUUGUCCCGAGAGUCCGCGAUGGUACAUGGAAAAAGGCAAAUACCAACAAGCCUUCCAAUCGACCCUCCGUCUACGACACCACCCGGUCCAGGCGGCCCGUGACAUGUACUACGCCCACAAGCUCCUAGAAAUCGAGACGAGAGCCCGCAGCGGCCGCAACUGGAAAGACUUCUUCACCGUUCGAAGGAACAGGCGCGCCGCGCUAUCUUCGUACUUCGUCAUGUUUAUGCAACAAUUCUGUGGUAUAAACGCAAUGAUGUACUAUUCCACAAACAUCUUCGAAACAUCCGGCUUCGACCGCAGCACAGCCCUCCUAACCUCAAUGGGAAUGGGCCUCAUCAACUGGCUCUUCGCCCUCCCAGCCUUCUACACAAUCGACACCUUUGGCCGCCGCAACCUCCUCCUCGUAACCUUCCCCUUAAUGUCCCUCUGCCUCUUCUUCACAGGCUUCUCCUUCUACAUCCCCCAAGACACCACCGCCCGCCUCGCCUGCGUGGCGACAGGGAUCUACCUCUUCGCGGCAGUCUACUCCCCCGGCGCCGGCCCCGUCCCGUUUACGUAUAGCGCCGAGGCGUUCCCCUUGCACAUCCGCGACAUUGGCAUGUCCUCCGCCACGGCCGUGACGUGGGGGUUUAAUUUCAUUAUAAGCUUCACUUGGCCGCAGAUGAUUGCUUCCUUUGGCGUCACGGGCGCGUUUAUGUGGUAUGCCUGCUGGAACAUCGUCGGGUUCGUGGUGGCGUAUUUCUUCUUGCCCGAGACCAAGAACUUGACGCUCGAGGAGCUGGAUAGCGUGUUUGAUGUUAAGAGUCGUGAUCAUGCUGGGUAUUAUGCGAGUAAGAUGCCGUGGUAUGCGAAGAAGUAUGUGCUGCGUAAGGAUGUGGAGCCGUUUCCGGCGUUGUAUGAGUUGGAUGGGGAUGAUGAGGCUGGGUAUCGUGAGGGAGGAGGAGGGCAGAAGGCGAGUGUGCGGCAUGACGAGACGGGGGUUGUUACGGGGCAAGCUACUGAGAAGUAG